AUGAUUUAAAUUGCUCAGUUGCAACUAAAUCACAAUUCAUUAUUAAUUCAAUAAAUAGAAGAAAUUGAUUUAAUUUUGUAUUACAUUUUAAGUAAAAUAUAAAAGGAGGAUGUGGAUAAUAAACGAUAAGAGUAAGCGGAUAAAUAUCAAUAAGAAUCAGAAUUAAAAGUAAAAAUACUGAUGAAGAAAAUUUGGUUUUAAAUGGAUCCUCUUUUUGAUUUUCUUUUACGAAUAUCAGUAAGUUUACAAGAACUUUCAUGCUUGAGUAUUAAAGUUAUGAACUAUUAAUUAUAAGAAGAUGAAUCAAGUGCUUAGCAUCGAAAUUCUGAAUCCAUAGUUAUUUAUAUAUAAUUUGUGUAAAUGAUUUGCUUAUAAUAAUUUCUACCUGAAUCCUAAAAAAAUUGGCAACUAGCAUCCUUGAAAUACUUAUUUCAGUUUAUAUAAAUUUUAUUUAAUUAUAUUGAUAUAGAUAUAUGGGCUGUAAUAGUUCAAGAAAAAAUCUUUAAGAAAAGAGUUCUUUAAAUAGUAAAGAGCUCUGAGAAGUGUAACGAGAAAUUUAAGAAAUUAUCAUCGAUAGCACCAGGAAAAGCUGAACAAUUUAUUGCCAUUGAAGGUUUUAGAGCAGCCUUUACAGAAAAUACGUAGUUAGCUGAUAAAAUCUAUAAAUUUAUCAAAAGUUAAAGUGAUACUAACAUAGUGAAUAGAGAAACUUUUGUAUUAUCAAUGGAACUAUUUACAAAAUAGAAAUCAGAAAUAUAUGUUUAUACAAAUAACUACAAGCAUUUGGAGCAAUAUCAGUUAUUAUUAUUGAUAUCCAUAUAACAUCCUGAAAUUUAUAAGAGAGAAGAAUUCAAGUUGUAAUAGUUAACAAAAGUUGAAAUAACAUAUUUAUAAGCAGGGAUCUUCAUCAAGGAGAUAAUAAAUAUGUUGAGUCCAAAAGGCAAUAAAUUAAGCGAUGAUGAUGAUGUGGCAGCUAAAUUAUUGAUCAAUAAUAUUUUUGGAGAUAAAACAAGCAACAUGGACUUAUAACAGUUUUGUAACUAAAUAAAGAUGGAAGUUCCUUUGAUUAAUACAGUCAUAAGAAGGUAUUUUGCAGGGAAAUUUACAGAUUCCUCUCACAAAAUUAAACUCCCAGAACUGACUGAUAAUUCCCUUAUUAUCAACUAUCAAAUAUUGGGAUUGUUCUAUUUAAGUACUUCCUUGGUUCUACUAAAACCAAAAAAUGGUUAAGAUUAGUUUGAUUUAAACAUUCUAUCAAAUCAAUUGUUAUCCUAAAACUCUCCAACUCUGCUACUAUUUAGACAUGUUGAACGAUUAAAUAAGUAUGAAAAGUUACCAUAUCAACACACACCUGAUGAAAACUUAGAUGCCUUUGAAUAACAUUAUUUAUUUGGUUAUUUCAAUUCAUCCAAGUGGAGAUUAGCACCAGACAUCACUGGAGACAAGAACUCAUCUAUAUUUUCCAUAGUCCCAAAAUACUAGCAAUUUAUAACAGGCAAAGGGAAGGGAUAAAGCAAAUAUGCCUUAUUGAAUAGUGAUCAAGGGAGACCAUUGCCUUAAUCUUUAUAAAAGAAAUUAAGCAAAUUUGGAUUGGGUAUUGGGGGUAGUGGAUAUGAAUAACAUAGAAUUUGGAUUGAUGGUUAAAAUUUGAAGGAUAGCUAUAUUGCAGAUGACGAUAAGACUUUUGCAACAGGUCAUAUAUUGGCACCUCAUAUCACAAAAUUGAAUAUUGAUAGAAUCGAAGUAUGGAGUGUGGAGUUCAUAUCCACUUAAUAAGAUUUAUCACAUUUUAGAUAAACCCAAAUGAACCACAUAAAUCAAUUAUUGGAGGAUGAAAUUCCAAAAUAAAAUGUCGAUCCUGGAUCACUUAUCAAUUCAAUUAAAAACAGAAAUUCAAGGAUUCAAUCUGCUAUACAUACCCAAUAAGUAGAAGAGGAGAAAUUUUGA